AUGUUCACCUUCAUCCUUCCAGAGUAUCCAAGUCACACGGUGAUCUCCAUGCCCGCCUUGUCACCUACGAUGACCAUGGGAAACGUUGGCAAUUGGAAAAAGAAGAUCGGAGACGCCGUUACACCGGGAGAUGUAUUGGUAGAGAUUGAAACUGACAAGGCCCAAAUGGACUUUGAAUGUCAAGAAGAAGGUUAUCUCGCCAAGGUUCUUAUAGAAACCGGUGCGAAAGAUGUUAAAGUUGGCAGUCCCUUAGCUAUCCUUGCAGAAGACCAAGAGGAUGUCGAAAAAUUUGGGGACUACGCUCUCGAGGAAAGUUCAGCUGCUCCUGAAAAAGAACACGCCGAGGAAACCAAGGCCCCGAAACCGUCCGCUCGAGGGGAGGCACAAGAGGAACAUCCGUCAUCCAAGACACGUGAACCCGCCAAGAGUCGUUCGCCAACAGAUAGAAUACUCGCGAGUCCGGUAGCACGCAGGUUAGCGGCCGAGCGUGGAAUUCCUCUUGAUCAGGUCACCGGCACAGGACCAAAAGAUCGCAUUGUAAAAGCCGAUGUCUUGAAUUACGUCCCUUUAACAAAAGUUGAAAAGUCGACUGCUCCAGACGUUGAAUACACGGACAUUCCUCUGAGCAAUAUUCGCAAGGUUAUCGCUGAACGAUUAAGUGAAUCCAAACAGUUAAUCCCACAUUACUAUUUGACCAUAGAGGUGGAUGUGGAUAGACUCUUGAAACUCCGUGAGGAACUUAAUAAGGACAGCAAUGGAAAGUAUAAACUUUCGGUUAAUGAUUUUAUCAUCAAAUCAGCUGCUUUGGCAUUACAGGACGUCCCAGAGGCGAACUCUUCUUGGCACGGUGAUUUCAUUCGACAAUAUCACGAUGCUGACAUUUCGGUCGCCGUCGCGACUCCUAGCGGGCUGAUCACGCCUAUUGUAAAAAAAGCACAAGCCAAGGGAUUAGCAUCUAUUUCUAAACAGGUUAAAGAGUUGGCGGAUCGUGCAAGGGAAGGAAAGUUGGCACCUCAAGAAUACCAGGGCGGAACUUUUACCAUCUCGAACCUCGGGAUGUUUGGAAUUAAAUCUUUUACAGCCAUCAUUAAUCCGCCGCAAUCUUGCAUCCUUGCGGUUGGUACAACCCAGCAAAAACUCGUCCCCGAUUCUAGUAGGGAGACGGGAUACCGGAUCGCAAACACCAUGCACGUAACUCUCUCGUGUGAUCACCGGAUUGUUGAUGGGGCAUUAGGAGCACAGUGGCUCUCUGCAUGGCGAUCUUACAUGGAAAACCCAAUCAAAUUGAUUUUAUAG